GUGGCUGCUGCCAACAUGGCGGCAUAUGUAGUAAUCGGUCGGUUUAGCUCUGCCGGUAAUUUUAGGAAUUAUUCGAUCUUACGGUCCCAUGGCAAUGUUUCUAUUAACGUAUGGCGUAGGUAUCUAAACCUCUCUUCAAACAAGCUCUCUUACCCCCCAGCGGUGCGACUGAUCUGCCCCAAAAAGCUGUUUCCAAGUCGUCAUCACGAUAACCCUCUGCUGAAACAAUUGCCGCACAUUAAGCUCCUUCAGAGAAACGUCCAGCUAGGCAAGCCCCGAAAAUGCUUCCAUCCCGGUGCUUCGACGCUAUUACCGGCGCAGAUCGGCGUCCCAUUGGAAUCCGUAAGCAGCUGGUCCAUCAUCAGACAAAUGUUUGUUUACCUUUGGCCGAAGGACAAGCCGGAGAUCAGAAAACGAGUCGUCGUAGCCUUAGGUAUAUUAAUCUUGGCUAAGGUGAUCAAUAUUGAAGUGCCAUUUAUCUUCAAAGCUGCUGUUGAUUACCUCAAUGAACGUACGGGGAGUCGUCUUUCUCUUGAAGAUGCAUCAAGCACUCUAACAUCAGCAGCUUUUGCGAUUCUUGUUGGCUAUGGUCUGGCAAGGGCUGGUGCAUCAGGCUUCAAUGAGCUCAGGAAUGCUGUGUUCGCCAAGGUGGCCCACCAUUCGAUACGAGAGGUGGCCCGACGACUCUUUUUGCACCUACACCAAAUGGACCUGAACUUCCACCUGACGCGGCAGACGGGUGCCCUCUCCAAAGCCAUCGACCGUGGGACAAGAGGCAUCAACUUUGUCCUUUCUGCGCUGGUGUUCAACAUUGUACCAACCAUCUUCGAAGUGGCACUCGUUAGCUCUGUCUUGUACUACAAGUGUGGAGGGAAGUUUGCUGCUGUGACACUGGGAUGCAUUGGGACCUACAGCGUCUUCACAUUUGCCAUCACACAUUGGAGGACAAAGUUCCGCAUACAAAUGAACAAAGCAGAGAACGAAGCAGGAGCACAGUCGAUCGACUCACUCAUCAACUACGAGACAGUGAAGUACUUCAACAACGAGAAGUAUGAGGUACAAAGCUACGACAGGCUGUUGGCACAGUACCAGGAAGCCUCCCUGAAGACGACCACCAGCUUGGCACUUCUGAACUUUGGCCAGAAUGCCAUUUUCAGCGCGUCACUAUCGGCAAUCAUGUUGUUGGCGAGUCAGAAUAUCAUAAACGGUACAAUGACAGUAGGCGACCUGGUGAUGGUUAACGGGCUGCUGUUCCAGUUGUCACUGCCACUUAACUUUCUUGGUUCGGUCUACCGAGAAGUGAAGCAGUCGUUAAUUGACAUGCAAACAAUGUUCGUUCUCCUGAAGCUAAAGACACCAAUUCAGUCUAAACCCGGAGCUCCUCUACUGGUGGUGACUCCAACCACGGCCACGGUGGACUUCGAGAAUGUCACUUUUGGCUACGUCAAGGGGCAGCCCAUCUUGAAGGAUCUCAGCUUCUCCAUCCCAGCUGGCAAGAAGGUGGCACUAGUUGGUGGCAGCGGCACAGGCAAGUCGACUGUUAUCCGGCUGUUGUACCGGUUCUUCGACCCAUCUGACGGACGCAUCCUGAUCAACGGCCAAGACAUCAAGACAGUAGAGCUCGACAGUCUAAGGAGAGCGAUUGCGGUUGUCCCUCAAGACGCUGUGCUGUUCUACAACACCAUCGAGUACAACUUGCACUAUGGUGACUUCUCACGCUCCCUGGACGAUGUGCGGGAGGCAGCCAAGAUGGCCGAGCUUCAUGACUCUAUCAUGGCCUGGCCCAAGCAGUAUGAAACUCAAGUUGGGGAGAGGGGGCUCAAGCUCUCUGGUGGGGAGAAGCAGCGUGUGGCUAUUGCACGUGCCAUCCUCAAGAACAGCCCCAUUCUGGUGUUUGAUGAGGCUACCUCCUCCCUUGACUCGAUUACUGAGCACAAAAUAAUGAUGGCACUCCAACGGGCAUCACAAGGCCGCACGUCCAUCUGCAUUGCCCACCGCCUCUCCACCGUGGUGGACGCAGACGAAAUCCUGGUGCUCAGUGACGGCAAAGUAUGCGAACGGGGUAACCACCGUAGCCUCCUGGCAAACUCGUCCAGUUUCUAUGCCAUGCUCUGGAAUCAGCAGCACCAGGCCCACCAGGAGAAUGUGUGAUGGGACGAAUGUAAAGUUAGUUUCAUAAACUAAACGCCGAUAGAACCUUUUUUAAAUGUGGCCGAGAGAAAGAUGAGAAUGGUUGUAAAGGGUACUGAACAACAGGCCAUCGCAGAGUGCUGUCCUGUUGAUGUGCUCUACUGUAUUGGUUCGGGAACAAAAAGCAGUCGAAGCAAGUUUUUGAGAUCUUUAGCAGCUUGUACCAUAUGUUGGGCCUGUAUGUGAAUUGCUCUGGAAACUGAAUUCUCUUGAUGAGGUUAAUCAUCACGAAUUUCCACGAUCAUGAAUUGCCCCAAGGUGAAAUAGGCAAACACCUUUGCUAUGCAAGGUGUGAGUUCAAAUGGGCAAGUGUGUUGUUUUACUGGAGGCAUGUGCUUUCUGGCACUACAUGUUGGAGAGAUUUUCUUACUAUAGAAAACUAAAUUAAAACUCGGCCCCAAGAUAACUGCAGCAGGUAAGUGAGGCAAGGAUGAGAUAUUUGAAGUUGUAAUCGCAUUAUUUAAGCACAGAUUCAUUCUGCCUGUGUUUGAUGGACAGUAAAAAAAUAGUUUUCAUAGUAGUAUUGUAAUAUUCCGCUAAGCUAUUGAUAACGUAACAAAGACUCUCAUUAGUAUUGAUGUGACUUUCGACAAUACAAUUGAUAGUUUCGCAGUUUUUGGCAAGUGAUGUCAAAAGUUUUGCACUAGUUGACCAUUAGUAACUCAUUUAUGCAAUUGGGAACAUGCAAACAUCCCCAUGUUCAUGUUGCAGUGUUGACAUGUGGUACGUUGUGUGGUUUUACAUUAUCAGCAGCACGCUAUUGAUAGAGAUCUAUAGGACACUUGACAAUACUGUCAAAAUUAAGAGUGCUUUAUGAGUAUAUGUUGUAGUACUUGUGAUAGUUUGCCAGCAUCAUCAAACUAAAGUAUUUGAUGCAAUAUAAGUAGUACUCAUGUAAUUGCCGGUGCAUUUGUGUUCACUAUUUAUUAAUUUGAAAACUAGAAUUGCUCUCUGACUAGCUCUGUCAGCAAAAGCGUCUCGAGAGCAACAGGACCAAAUCAACUCCUUUCAGACCUUCUAGGUAUGUAGUUUAUUUUGCAAAGCUUUUGUCUUGUAUUACAGAACGCAGGAACGUACUCAGAAACUGCUCCAAAUAUUUAACUCACCAGCCAUAUCACAGUAACGAUUGUUACCAUAGGGCUUUCUACAAGAAGGGUACUGAUGUAGAUUGAUAAUAAUUACUAUACUGUGAAUAGAUUGCUUGUAUAUUGUGCCUUCAAGAUGAUGUGUAGCUUAGAAAGAGAGGCAGGAAAACUUUCUUUUCUUAGGCGAUACAGAAGGAGUAAACAACAAGCUAUGUUCUUGCUUUUAACAGUAAUGUGGGUGUUCUCUGUAUUGUGUACUGAAGCUACGCAAGCUUGCACAGUGUCUUCGUGUAUGUGCAUGUGCUGUUGGUGAAAUGCAUAGCAUACUACAUUGUUUCAAUAAUCACAAUGUUAUUGCAGUUAUAGAAUUGCAAGAUUUUACCGCAAUGUGCAAGUCAGGGAAAUGGAUUGUGCUUUGUGCAGAGUGAAAUGUAAUCUUGUUCCCGUCAUUAAAUAAGUAAUGUUUCUGAACGUGUUGAUGUAAGAGCAGAGAACUGUUCUAGCCUGCGUUUUAUGUUCAUGUUUCGCUAUUUUAGCCGAGUGCACAUUUGUAGCAAUGGCCUUGUUGUUCGCUAAGACAGCACACCACUGAUAAAGUCUGCCAGUAUUCACACGACAUUAUUUUAACUGUGACAUGCUCAGCUAUUUUGGAAAAGCAGGUCUUUUAAAUUUCUGUGCUUUGAGAAUCAAACCUGCUUGACAAAAAAAUUACACCUAUGUUUUAUUUUAUUUGCAAGUUUUGCUUGUGUGAUAAUCUUGUCAGCCACAGGACUUUCUUAAAUAAUUUUUUUUGUUAAAUUUAGCCAGGUAAUGAACCCUCGGCACUAAUGUUUGUUUAGUUUUAAAUUCAGUGAAUGGAAGGAGGCGUUGUGUUCCAACAGCAUUGCACUCUCAUUACAAUCCUAGAAUGUUGUAAGAAACUAUGGAAUGAUGAGAUUUCUGGGGUGAAAAGUUCCAGCCAUCAUUGUUCUUAUGCUUUUCUAAGCAAAACUUGUUUUUUGCUAGAUAUUGCGUGAACAUUUAAGGAAGCGUAUGGCCACCUUCAUUGUGUUGCUGCUCUAAAGAAAGUGUUUUCGCAAGCUGUGUUAAUAUGCAUGCAGCUACCAUCCUUGUUCUUAUGCUAUUCUGUGCAGAAUGUGUUUUUGCACGAUAACGCAUGAGCAGGAUGUGAAGCAUAUACUAUGUAAUGUAAAAAUGUAAAAAUAUGUACAUACGUUGGAACUGAAUCUUUGUUUCGAGCAUAUGCGAUGCCAAGCAUGCCAAUACUGUGCUGUCAUGACAAUCUGUAAUUUGCAAGUUGUUACUCCUUAUGCACUAGAUUUUAUCAGAAGACUAGCGAAUGCAGGGUGUGAGGCUGUGAGCAUUAGCUACUUCAGGAGCUUUGCAUGCCAUAAAAUUAUGCAAACGAAUUUGUUCCAAAGAUUACAGAAAUAAAUGUGCCAUCUGUGUGUAAGCAUAAAACUUGCUUCACUUUUUCACUUAGACAGUUGUUCUGCUUUGCGACCUUGUACACUUUUCUAAGUG